AUGAAUUAUGCAACCCUUGUUUCCCUUUUCUUUGUGUGCUGUUCCCCAGGUGGAGUCGCCAGUGGGUCAGACUGCUCCAGUAACAGAGGCAGUCUGAGGCUGGAGGACGAUCUGUUGUACAGCAGACAGUUCUGUGGCAGAGCUAGAGUCCAUACAGCCUAUGUGCCAAGUCCAUAUGACACAGAAUCACUUAAACUCAAGGUUGGAGACAUGAUUGACAUCAUCGCUACGCCCCCCAUGGGAAUAUGGACAGGCAUGCUGAAUGGCAGACUUGGAAAUUUCAAAUUCAUUUAUGUGGAUGUGCUGAGAGAGGAGGGUCUUGAGACAUACAGAGAAACACAACCCUACAAAGUGAGGCACAAAUCAGCUGUCCAGGAAGUGUUAAAGCGCCUUAGUUUGGAGGAGUACUCCUCGUCUCUGCAGCUGAAUGGUUACCAAACAGUAGAUGACUUGAUGAGGCUGAGGGAGCAUCACCUGAUGGAGCUGAAUGUGACUGAUCCAGAGCACAGGCAUCGCCUGCUCGCUGCUGUCGACUCCCUGCAGCAACUGCGCUCUGAUAGUCAGCUGGAGAAUGAAGCCAGUCAGGAGUCUGAGACCUCCAGUAAGAACAAGAAGGCAGAUAUGAACAACAGCUCGCGAGACUCCGGCUGCCCUGACAACAGCACAGAGGACACACACCUUCACUUUCUCUCUGAACAGCCUCUACCAGCUGAGAUGACCGCUUCAUGAGAACAAUCCUUUCUUUAUAAUGCCUGUUUUAUUCCUCAUUGUGCUGCUGACACUUGUAAACUGUUUUUUCAACAUCGUAAUUUGUACUGACGUUCAAUAA